AGAUUAAUUUUAAAAUUCAUAUUCUUUUUGAUUGUUUUCUGCUUUUAAGCUUUGUGGUUAAAUUGUUUUUACUUAGAACAUAUAGAUGAAAAUGUGAUGAAAUGUUAUUUUUAUGUUUGGCUAGUGUCGGUUCUCCCCGGUAAGUUGAUUUGUAAGGAAGGCAACAGUGGACCAACUCAUGAGUCCUUGAAGGCCGUUUUUGACCUUCAACCCUUCAGACCAGCUGAAAACCUAACCAACCCAACCAUCACCAACAUCUCCUUCACCCUGUACGCCGUCUUAGGCGUGAAUGAAAAGGCCCAGUUACUCUCAACGUUCUUGUGGCUGAGACUGUACUGGCACAAUGAGUUCCUGGUUUGGGAUCCUGAAGAGUGUGACGGUGUCACCAAGAUUUCUCUGCCUGUGAAGGAGCUGUGGUCUCCAGAUAUCAUCGUUUAUGAGUUUGUGGAUGAUGAUGUUUCCCAGGCAUGUCCUUAUGUCUACGUGAACCACACCGGUCACAUCCGCUGGGACAGGAUGCUGCGACUCGUCUCAGCCUGCAACCUGGAAAUCUUCAGUUUUCCCUUCGAUGUGCAGAACUGCACUUUUACUUUUGGCUCUUACAUGCACACCAUACGUGAUGUGAGGGUCAGCCCGGCCUUGACCUUUAAGGAGAUGUCAGCAAACUCCAGGCGUUACCUGGAGGCCAGUGGAGAGUGGGAGCUGAUGGAUAUCCUUGGAGAAACUUCCAUCUUGCAGUUUGGAGUAGACGAGUGGGACAUCAUCACUUUCUGGGGUUUUUCUCGCCAGGUGGUCAUAAGGCGGCGUCCAGUGCUCUACGUGGUCAACCUGCUGAUCCCGAGCUCCUUCCUGAUGCUCAUCGAUAUCCUGUCUUUCUACCUGCCCCCCCACAGCGUCGACCGUGCCUCCUUCAAAAUGACCCUCAUCCUGGGUUACACUGUCUUUUUGCUCAUCAUGAACGACCUGCUUCCAAGCACAGCAAACGGCACUCCCCUCAUAGGUAUCUACUUCUCAGUUUGCCUGGCUCUCAUGGUCAUCAGUCUGCUGGAGACUGUCAUCAUCACUAAUGUGCUCCACCACAGCUCCAUGAAGUAUCAAGAGAUUCCAAAAUGGGUUAAAGUGAUCAUCCUCAAACACAUUGCUAACAUGAUCUGCUACCGAUGGCCUAAAGAAGCGCCGCUGCCGCCAAGAAAAGCUCCAGAGGAUAAACCUGAAAGCACCAAUAGCAACUCAGGACCAUGGGUCAUCCAGCACGCCACUCAAACACACGACAGGCAUUCAACCAGCAAUCAAGGUGCAGCCUCUCUGCCGGAGCUGCAGCAGAUCUGUCAGUACCUGCAGGACCUCCGCUCCCACCUCACCUCCCUGAAGAAGGAGAGUGAACUGCAGGAGCAGUGGUGUCACGUUGGAUAUGUUCUCGACUUCCUGCUCUUUCGGAUCUACCUGCUGCUUAUUUCCUGCUAUGCUUUGGUCAUCAUCACCAUGUGGUGCAUCUGGAUCAGCCAGUCCUAA